AUGAGGGACCUUCAGCCUCAGAAUGGCAUCGAGAAAGUACCGGAGAAACUGGACGAGCUGCCAGUGAAGAAAAAGAAAAGUCCGUCCUCUUUGCGGGAAAAGUAUCUGUACUUCAAACGCAACAUAACCGUCGAGCCCAUGCUGGCGUGCUACAUCAUGCCCAGCGUGUUGGCCGGAUUAGCGACGCAGAAUCUGAACCUGGAAAAAGCUUGUCGGGUGAAUCUUGCCUACGGAGACGAAAUCUGCGAUGCAUUGACCCGGCGUGACACAGCAAACUACACGCACGAGGAAGAAAUGGUCCAGCAUCUGGUGGCAAAAAUGGCCGGCUGGAAAACGGUGUUACAGAGUGCACUGCCCUGCCUGUUGAUACUGUUCUGGGGAUCUUGGAGCGAUCGUCAUGGUCGGCGGAAACCUUGCAUGUUGAUACCGAUCAUCGGCGAGUUUAUGACCGCGAUCGGGUUAAUUCUGUGCACGUACUUUGAAAAGGUUCCGAUGGAGGUGGCCGGCAUAACGGAAGCCCUGUUCCCGGCAUUGACCGGCGGAUGGUUCACGAUGUUCAUGGGCGUUUUCAGCUACAUUGCCGACGUGACCACGACCGAAGAGCGAACGUUACGCAUCGGAAUAGUGAACCUUUGUUUUUCUUUAGGCGUUCCGAUCGGCAUGGCCUUCAGUGGGAUCCUUUUAAAACAAAUCGGAUUCUACGGCGUCUUUUCCAUAUCGGCCUCGCUCUACCUGGUUGCGUUCUUUUACGGUGCGUUCGUAGUGAAGGAGGUGGACAUCAUCAACGAAAAACAACGAUUGCGUGCGAAGGAAAAGGGACUGCUGGCCGACUUCUUCGAUCGCGAGCACGUGCUGGAGACGUUCCGGGUUGCGUUUAAGACUGGCGAACGGCAGCGUCGUCUGCGUGUGAUCAUGCUGAUGAUAGUAGUUAUGGUUGUGAUUGGGCCACUCCAUGGAGAGAUGGCGGUAAUUUAUCUAUUCACACGCUACCGGUUCAACUGGAGUGAGGUAGAAUUUAGUUUCUUCUCCACGUACGGCAUGCUGACCGGGCUGAUUGGGACGCUCUUUUCCGUCGGUGUGUUUUCACACAUGCUCAAAAUAGACGACGCACUGAUUGGCGUUAUGUCAUGCAUGUCGAAGAUACUGUCGAGCUUUGUGUACGCGUUCGCGGUCACCACCUGGCAGCUUUAUCUGGGCCCCAUUGUUGAAAUGCUCAAUGGAACCUCGUUUAUUUCGAUGCGCUCGAUCGCUUCCAAACUCGUCGCAAGCGAUGAACUUGGCAAAGUGAACUCGCUGUUCGGUGUGGCCGAAGCGCUGAUGCCAUUAGUGUACGCACCACUGUACACCACAGUCUACUCGCUGUCUAUCAACGUGCUGCCGGGAGCAUUUUUCCUGCUAGGUGGCGCUCUCACCUCUCCGGCGGUAGUGAUUUUUCUCUGGAUGUAUCGCGUGCAUAGGCGCGAAGCUCGAGAGCUGGCGGAAGAAAAACGAGCCGAGGAUAAGUAUCGACAGCUGGACGAUAGUGCCGAAAGCAACGCGUGUCGUACGAUCGGGACGGAACAGUUGGAACGGAAGCAAACUGUGCCCGAUUAUGGUACGGGAAACGUUAAUGCUGCCUUCGAGGAUGAGAAUGUGUUUGCAGGAAGGCAGGAUAAACAACACCACCGAAUGACGCAAAUGACGACGGUGGACCAAUCCAAACUGUGA